AUGAUCUACUCGUGGGUGAAGAAGGCCACUGACAACCUCAUCGACUCUGUCAUCUCCACCAGCGACAUCAACGCCAACACCGACCUCGUGCUCACCAAUGCUGUAUACUUCAAGGGCGCGUGGCUGGAGCCGUUCAACCACUUCUUCACGGAGCGGGGCACAUUCCAUCGGCUCGACGGAGACCUUGCCGAGGCAGAGUUCAUGGUGAACGGCCUAAUGACCAGCAGCAUCAGGUGGCAGGACAUCGCUUGCAUGGACGGGUUCAAGGUCCUAAAACUCCCUUACGAGCCUGGCGCCGCACCAGCGCUGUGCUCAGAGUCCAGUGCAGGGCUGCCAGCUCGUGGUGGCCAGCUCAAGCCCCGCCGUGGGCAUGGCGACGCAAAGUCCAAGGACACGCUGUCCACGGAGGUCAACAAGGGCACGCAGUACUCCAUGUUCCUCUUCCUCCUGGACGCGUGCGAUGGCCUCUUGGCCAUGGUGGAUGUUGGGGGAUGA